AGCAUAGCGACCCCAUUUUUUUCCCUCAGUGCUGCUGCUGGUGUUGAGUUUUUUCCGCGUAAUAUGAAACGGCACUUGUGCCCACAGCUCGUACAUGUUUUAGCUUGUAUCCUACGAGCGCAGGGUGCCAGUAGCUCGGCUAAAAGCACCACGCGAACUAUCAGUAAGUGUAAAGCUAAGGACGUAGCCGCAGAACAAUAAACGCUAGUAACACGACAGAGGCAGAGCCACUAGCUUCAUCUAUUCCAAUAGAUACGCAUUAAAAGGAGUUCCUAUCCACUUCAUGCUACACAAGCUGUUUCAACAUUCCUCUUCCUGCGUCUCAAUGGCAAAAUGGCGACUCCCUCGAAAGCUCUCGUAUGCGAUGGUGCCCCCUGCAUCCCUAUUUCUGACCCGGAAAGCCGCACAGUGGAGACUGCGGUACGAGCAGGAUCAAGCGACAGCAGCAGCUCCAGAACAACAUCACCCACGACACCACACGCCGGAUCACGACCAAGGGGAAGGAUACGGACUUCCCGGGGGGAGCUCCAACAUCCAAAAAGGAGGGAGCAGCAGCAGCACUCGACCUCCGGGGACCUGGUCGUGCUCAUCGAAUGUAACAAGCCGACCAAACUCUCCCGGAGGUGUGUAUCAGCAAGACCAAGAAAACUUCGUGCAAAAGUUCGAUUUGAUCAACAUCGCGGAGCGCUGCAACAUCAUGGGCACCUCGAAGUUGGACUAUUCGGAAAUCCGGAAGUGGCACCAGGCGCGGGGGUACCUUGGGGGGAUUGUUAUCCUUUGUAAAAAUUUUCCCACCCCAUAGCUCUUCUUCUUGGUUCUUCUUGUCAUGCAAUGCUGCAUGUCUCUCAUGUGGAGUCCCAUGAAACGCAUUUGCUAUUGCUAGCGCUGUUUCGAAGUUAUUUGUGAUGCUCGAAUCAGGCGCAUGAAACGCUAUUUUUGUGAUGCUGCUGCACUAGCUAAACCCGACUACACUGCGAUCCCAAACUUAUCAUGCGCAACAACAGCUAGAGCCUGUUGAUUUGUGUUGCAGAUUUCCAAACUCUACUACGGUGCCGCGGGGACGUUUUUGUACGGGAUAAUCGUGGUCCGGCAGCUGGAUAACAUGAAGCACAGCAACGACACGGUAGAAACGGGAGACCGGACUGCGUUUGGAAAACUUAUGGACGAUGCUUUUCAGGUAUAUGAUGCAGGUCUUGCAUUACAAAUUUCUUUGUCAAGGCAAAUCAGCAUUACAAAUUUUAUUUCUCAUGCUGAGAAAAUUUGUAAAUGCAUUUACACGAGUACGAUACUUUUGCAGUUCAUAAGGUAUAGCCAUUACUUAUUCUCAGUACUUGCCAUGCAAAUGAUCAACUCCAUAGUUGUAAAAAACGCGACAGAUCAACACAGAUACCGUUCUCGUCAUUUCCACUUGUCCCACAGCACUCCAAAAACAACGGAAUCUUUUCAGGCAAUCUCCGCUUACCUUCCCGCGAACUUCUUCGAAAAAAGUCCCUUCAAUUUCGCCCAUUUGAUCCCCGAGGAGCUGCAGGAGCCGAAGAAAAUCAAGAUGGAAUCCUUCCUCUUUGACAAGCUUGCAAACGAAACCGAAUCGAUGCGGCGGGAGUGCUACUACCUCUACUACGAGAUGUGCGGAAAAACCGGCGAUCGGACCUACGAGGUCUUCAUCCGCGGGACGUUAAUUUGGUCUGAUUGGUGGCGUAUGCAUUGCAAAACAAGUAUCGUACUCGUAUAAAUGCGAGUCUAGCAUGACAGAUCUGCUUUCUGACCUGAAUCUGCAUGACAAAUUUCAUUUUUCUUCUACGAAAAAUUUGUCAUGCAAUUCAUACUAGUACGAUAGGAUACUUUUGCAUUGCAUAUGGUGCAACUUGAACUUCCGGAAGGUUUGGGACACGGAACUAGAAAAGUACAUCCACGCUGGAUUUCUCCGGAAAUCCGACAUUCUGCUGAACGAUUUGGAACCCUUGCUGCAGGACCGGCACGGCAAGAUCAGACUGCAUGGACACUCACUGGGCGGCGCCAUGGCGGAAAUAAUUGGGCUGAAAUUGGAGAAACGAGGUUUCUAUGUGGAGCAAGUGACCUCCUUCGGCGCACCGAAGUUUUUGACCUGCUGUCUGGGCGAUAAUAGUACAUUGGGAGCAACAGCAGAGCCAGAAGUUGUCGUGUUGGAGGAACAGCAUGACAAGAAAGAGAAACCCAGCAGCGACUUUAUCACUAUCACGGCGGCGAACGACCCAGUUUAUGAACUGCAAAAGUAUCGUACUACUUGUACUUGUAGUAAUCGCAGUCAUGCAUUGCAAAUCUUUAUCCCUCCAAGGCAAAACAGCAUGACAAAUUCCAUUUGUCAUGCUGAGCUAAUUUGUAUUGCAAUUACUACUAGUACGACACUUUUGCAGUUCAUACAGUUCCUUACAUGCCGAUUGAAGGCCCGGCAUCUUGCUGGUUCAAGGGCUGGUAUGUGAGCUACGGAAAAAGGUUUCAUCUUGAAGACUCCGGUUCUCAUGAUGUUUCAGCAGAAUCACAUCAGCAACCUGACAAGCAGAACUACACACUUUUCCCUUUCGGCUCCUUCCUCCACUGGCUCCAGAAUUCGUUCCUCGUCGUCCCGUUUAGCAACCCGGACUCGCACCGAUUGAAACAUUACAUCAAACUGUUGGAGGACGAGGAAAGCCGUUUCUCCUCUGUUGCAGACACUGACGGCGCAGAUGAACAACGGAAAAAAGUAGGAGCAGAGACAGCAACUAGUUCGGCACAGGAAGUCGCAGUGGCACCAGAAGAUCGGGGACUGCAACUGCCUGAGCUACAAAUCAACUCGAGCGAAGAGGGUGAUGUGGUGGGAAUAAAGCAGCUGUUGCAGCAGACAACAGGCGACGUGCCUCCAAGUCCACCCGAGCCUCUUCCUCGUCCUGCCGCGCAUGAGGUGCUUAGAGAGCCUGUCGAAGUCACUUCGAAGUCCGGCGCACUUCAGUAGAGGCUUCUCCGUGGAGAAAAGGAGCUCAGCCGACAAGGACAACCUCGAGGGAGCUUUUGCUCUUUCGUCCUCGUCUUAAAAAUGCCGAUCCUGUUAUUAUUCUAUUGCAACAAACAUGAUCAUAGCACAUAAUUAUUGCGCACGAACUGCAAUUGAAAUUGCAUGCACUGUCUACUACAUUUGACUCUUCGCGGCGCAUAUUUAUUUUACUA